AUGGCCGACAAAUUCGACCCCCCUGCAUACCCUCCUCCUGCGCAGUACGCGGCCCCCAACCACAGCCAAACGGGCUUCCAAUCGCCGCCGCCCCAGAUGGCCUACGAUCCCAACUACCAACAACAACAAAUGUACGAUCCCAACCGCGGCGCGAACCAGGGUUAUUACGGUGGUGGACCCCCGCCGCAGGGCUACUAUGGCGGACCUGGCUACGGACCACCGCAAGGCUGGAACGGCCAACAGCCCCCACCGCAGGUGGUUUAUGAGCGGGAUCGAGGCGGCUCUGGCCCGGGUAUCUGUACUGGGUUAUUGGCCGGGUUGGCGUGUUGUUGCUGUUUGGACGCUUUGUUUUAA